GCAAGCUUCGCUUCUACUCGACCAACACCAUCCAAACACAGUCGGCAAGCAGAUUCCGGUUAAAGCGCAAACACGCGUUCGGGGCAAGCACGUCCGACAAGACCAUGGCAACCAAGUGAAUGUUCUUGCCCCUCUCGGUCGCUCGUGCGCUCCGCUGAUGCACUUUCCAUCCAUGUCCUUGGACAACACCCACCACGCCCAACAUCUCCCUUCACCGACUAUCACCAGUUACGUUAUAAGUAGACGUUAGAAGAUAGCACGUCUUUCACCCAGACCACUGCAAUGGCUCCCGAUCUGAAUACCGUGCCUGUAUCGCCCCAUCCGGGUCCUGCUAACACAAGCAACCCGUCGACCUCACAGCCGGCGUCAGGCUCGCUGUCACGUCGAACAUCCGCAACAGUCUCAAGGCGGGCGUCACAGAUGGCUAUGAGCCCCCCACCGCUGCCUCUUGCAUCGCCCGGAGGUACCCUGCCACCGCCCGCACAUUCAGCAUCACAACAUGGACACAGCUUCCCGCCCCUCAGUCCCAGCGCGAGUGGCUACGUCCAGGCGAGCGUCGACUCUGCAGGCGUUCCGAUGAGACACCCACGCCCCAUGACGCCAGCAGAGAUGCAUCUCGAGCUCGAAAAGGAACAAGAGGCAGUUGUCAACCGUCUGACGCGUGAGCUCUCGGCUCUACGCGCACAUUCUGCUUCUGUAGCCUCCAACACCUCCAUGUCAAGCACCGCAGACUCAUCCGUCGCCCAUGCCGAAGCCUCAACCGGUCCGAUGCAUCCCACGUCCUCCCGCCGCCACCGCAGUUCCUCGAGCGUCUCCCGUAGCGGUCUGCCACCGGGCUACAUCCCACAUCGCUACUCCAUCUCCUCGCAACCCGCGACCGGCGAUCCUAAUCAGCGAGAUCACCGUAGCUCGAGUGUCGUUAGCACCCCACGCUAUGAGGAAGUUGCACAACACAAGGCGGAGUUGGAAGAAGUCAAAAAGGAAAAUGAAGCCCUGAAGCAGCGCAUUCGUGAUCUUGAGCGUCAGAUCAGGGGCAACAAUGAUGCUGAUGGACAGAGGGGUAGGAGGGGUGCACCACAAUCUCAGAGCAGCGGGGUUGGCAAUGCUUCUGAUAAUACCCAAGUUCCUGCUAAUGCAACAGCAGUCCCCGAAGAAAGCAGUCGAUAGAUUGAGAGUUCCAUGAGAUGGAAGAACCAUCGAGUGUCAGUUACACAAGCCAUUGUCGUCAUUCUUUCCGAGCAAUUGAGUAGGUAUGCACAACAUACACCUCACUCCAACUCUCCUAUCGGUCAGUCCAGCAAGCAGAUGAG